CAAUUUCUGUGUCAAUGAAAUUUUAUUUCAUACAAUAAAGCAUUAAUAUUGAUGCUACAUUACUCGUCAAGCGGAACUCCCAUUCACUGCGCACCUGCUAAAAUCAGGCCUUUUCCGUCGCCGCCAUUGCCGAGGAUGUAUUCGGCUAGCGCUAAAAUCAUCAAACCCCAAGGGGAGAAACCUGAUGACUUUGAGUCAUCAAUCUCUCAGGCUCUGCUUGAGCUGGAGAUGAACAGUGACCUGAAGGCCCAACUUAGGGAACUCUUCAUCACUGGAGCCAAGGAAAUAGAUGUCCAGGGCAAGAAGGCUAUCAUCAUCUUUGUGCCGGUGCCGCAGCUGAGACAGUACCAGAAGAUCCAGACCCGCCUUGUCAGAGAGCUGGAGAAGAAGUUCAGUGGCAAACAUGUUGUUUUCAUUGCCCAGAGGAGGAUAUUGCCAAAGCCUACCCGAAAGAAUAAGGGAAAGCUGAAGCAGAAGCGACCAAGGAGCCGUACCCUGACAGCAGUACACGACAGUAUCUUGGAGGAUCUCUGCUUCCCUGCUGAGAUUGUCGGCAAGAGGAUCCGGAUCAAGCUGGAUGGCUCCAGACUCAUCAAGGUUCACCUUGACAAGAACCAGCAGACAAACAUUGAACACAAGAUGGAGACUUUCACAGCAGUUUACAAGAAGUUGACUGGCAAAGAUGUGAACUUUGAAUUCCCAGAAUAUGUGCUGUGAGAUAUAAAAAAAAUGUAUAAACUUCGGAAGUAAA